CACAGGAGAAGAUUAACCGUCACAUUAAAGCCUAUGUCUCCUUCCAUGACAAUCUCGUAUAUUAGUAGCUCCAGGCCGGCUUCCCGAAGAGAUUUGCACCGGCAUUGUCCAUAUUAAUUCUCUACUUAACUACCACGAUUUCAAGCGUCACAUUGAACCGCAGAAGCAUGUAGUAAUUUUCAGUUUCACCCAGAAAACUUUUGGAACAUGGAAAGGCACCAAUUUCGCCAUUGUAUAGUAAAUGCUUCACUUCGAAUUCUAUUAUUUCAACAUCAUCAUCAACAUAUAUUCAUCUCCCUUGGUGUUUCCAAAUUCGCUGUACUCGCAUUUUAUUCACGGUGGCGAUUAGCAGCCCUUCCCUUACAUAACCCUCUCUGCUUUCCCCUGUUUCUUCAUCUUACCAUCCAACAGGCAAACAACAAUCAAAAUGGCGGCCCACUCCUCCUCCUCCUCCAAAGUCACUCUGAAACUUCUAAUUGACACGAAAACACGCAGAGUGCUUUUCGCGGAAGCAGGAAAAGAAUUUGUUGAUUUCUUAUUCGCACUCUUUUCCUUGCCUCUUGGAUCAGUGACGAAGCUCUUGUCCACCGACAACAUGGUUGGCUGCCUUGGAAAUCUGUACAAGAGCAUUGAAGACCUCAGUGGCGCUUUCAUUCAGCCCACCCAGAGCAAGAGUGGGAGUUCUUCUAAUUCAUAUCAUCACUCUGGGUUUGGAGGCUUUAAUCAUGGAACAUUUACCCUUACCCGCCAUGAGAUAUUUGUGACUGAUAACCCAAAAGCUAUUUGUCGACAUUGUAAUCGAGCAAUGAGCUACGAGGCCAAAUUUAUCGACGCAGCUCCUAAAAAUGUGGCGGAGAUUGAAAACAGGGAAGAAGAUGGUGGCGGGUUCGUGAAGGGGGUUGUGAUUUACAUGGUGAUGGACAAUUUGGAGGUGAGGCCAAUGUCAACCAUCUCCGCCAUUGCUUUGCUUAACGAAUUCAACAUUGGGGAAGUUGGUCUGCUUCAGGAGAAGGUCGUUGAGCUCGGCAUGGCUGAGGGGUUGAAAGUGCUCAAGGCUUCUCUGCACACCAAGACAGUCCUAACCACCGUUUUCCUUGGACCAUGAAGACACUAUCACUCAAUAAGCAUCAUGUAGGAUCCGAACUGCGCAAUUUUGGUGUUGGCCUUCCUGUUUUGUGUUAAAUUUGGGACUCGCAAAUAUCAAUUAUUUGUAUUCUGGGGUUCCUCGGUUGUUAUGCUUUUUUAUUUGUUGAUUAAUAGUAUCACAAGCGAAUGAUCUCUCCACAUAAAUAAGUGAUUGUUAAAGAC